CUUACACAAUACAACGUCCGGACCCUUCUCUGAUACAACACUCAAGAGCGGUAGAAUAUAGAUUUACUUCAUCAAACCUGGAAUACUUUGUCAAUGUCAAACAGGAUCACAGAAAAACACAAUGAUGACGUCUACGACUGCCCCAACAAUGAACAAUAAUUUUGUCAAAGAACAUGAUCUCGAUACUACCCAAGAUGGGACUAUUGGGAAACUAUUUUCGUCAGCCAAUGAACAUCCAGAACCAAUAGAGGCUAUUAUAACAGGGACUAUUCCCAAGUGGAUAAAGGGAGGAUUACUUAGGAAUGGACCAGGGAAAUUUGAAGUUGGCGAGGACAAAUACAACCAUUGGUUUGAUGGCCUUGCCCUAUUGCAUCGAUUUGACUUUGAAGACGGUGUCGUCAAAUAUCAUAGUAAAUUCUUAAAAAGUGAUUCCUAUGUCAAGGCCAUGGAGCAGAAUCGAAUUGUAAUAUCAGAAUUUGGUACAUUUGCCACCCCAGAUCCAUGCAAAGGAUUUUUGGAUAGAUUCCUAUCCAAAUUCAAGCCAUCUGUAUCAGACAACAAUAAUGUGAAUAUAUUUCCCAUCGGUGACGGGGUUUAUACAGCAACUGAGACGAGCCUUCUGCGGAGGAUAGACCACGAAACACUUGAUACGGAAGACAAGGUGGAUUUGGUGAAUCUGGUUUCUGUAAACCUCUCGACAGCCCAUCCUCACUACGACCAAGACGGGACGUACUAUAACAUUGGAAGCAAUUUCAAGGCUGGUUUAUAUCAUGUUAUCAAAGUUAAACCUAACGUAAACGUGUCAGAUCCAGUUGAAGGUGCAAAAAUACUGAAUACAAUUAAAAUGGAGAGCAGAGCUAAACCAGGCUAUUACCAUAGUUUCUCUAUGUCUGCCAACUACAUUAUCUUCCACGAACAGCCAUUGCGGAUGAAUCUGUUGGGUAUUAUGACGAGGCCGCUGUUUAAAACAGACAUAGCCAAAUUGAUGAUCUUUGACAGGAAGUUGAAAUCAAAGUUCCAUAUCUGCGAUAAAAAUACAGGAGAAACAUGGCCGCUUAAAUUUGUAAUGGAACCAUUUUUACACAUCCACACGAUGAACUCAUUUGAAGAAGACGGCCAUCUCGUCAUAGACAUGGCCUGUACUGACGAAGCCUCCCCAUACGAUGACUUCUACCUAAGUAGCUUCAAGAAGAUGACUGCGGAUGAUGCUGCACCAAAAAUGAAGGAUGUUAAGUUAACGCAACUCCCACGGAGAUUCGUGAUCCCAUUAGAUGUAACACCCGAAAGCUCUAAAGAUGUCAAUCUUGUCACACUAUCUGGAACAACUGCUACUGCGAUCCUAAAAGAGGAUGGCUUCGUCCACUUGACUUACGAGCCUUUAUACACUGAUGAAUUUGUGAAGAUGAGUAGUGGUUUCGACUUUCCAAGAAUAAAUUACGACUUUUACAACACAAAGCCGUACAGGUAUUGCUACGGGGCUGGCUUUGAUAGGAUUCUGGUGGACAAGUUGAUCAAACUUGAUAUUUCUACAAAGAGUGGCAAGGUGUGGAAAGAGGACGAGUGUUACCCAUCAGAACCAGUGUUUGUUCCAUCGCCCAAUGCUACUGAAGAGGAUGAAGGUGUGGUAUUAUCAGUGGUUAUAAGCCCAAACAAUGCCAAACCUACUUUCCUGUUGGUUCUUGAUGGCCAGAGCUUUACCGAGUUGGGCCGAGCGACUAUUCCCUACGACAUCCCGUAUGGUAUGCACGGGAUGUUCAUGUAAGGACCUUCUUCUAUGGUCUUCUCUACGUUUUCGGCUAGAGACUCUACUAGAUGUAGGGCACCUGGUAUCUGAUAAUAUGGGCAAACAAUGUCAAUUGCCAGAAGGAACGAUAUCGUUUAAAUGUUUGCAUAUGUGAUCAGGUUAUGUUCAUAUUUACUUGUACACAUAGACGAUCGAUGUAAGUUGAGACAAAUGUAUCACUAUUCAAUACAAAUACACAUGACAAUUGACAUUAGUGGAUGCGGAAUAUUUGCAUAAUGAUGCAAAAGAAUAAAUGAUAACGUGUAACAGAUAUACAGAAAUAGAUAAUACGCAAGAUGAGUAUUUUUAUGACUUAACUUUCUCAUAAUUUGUUUUCUCCCUUUCCUGUUGUCAAGUUAAAGAGAGAAUCAGAUCUAGCGAGCAUCCUAACAAAAAAUUGUUUCAAUUUU